AGACAACGCCACACGCCUGGCCCGAUCGACCAACCAAGCGAAAGACGGUACUGGCUACGCUUGCUCUGCUCGGUGCACAAUCCAGGCUUCAGAAACCCUAGUUCCAGGACUGCUUUUGGUGUGAUCAAGUUGUUUAAUUCGAGCUUCUCUUCUUUGUUGGUGUUAAAAUCGUCAUCCUAAGUUCAGGUGGUGUAUGUGUGGUUCAUCUGUUUGUGAGUGGGCAUUGCUUUUCCGAGUUGGUUUUCUUCUGCCUAGAAUGAUUUUCCCGGGCUUUUCUCGUUUCUUUUUGAAAUAAUGCUACAUGGAUUUCAAUUUGUGUACUUACAAAUCCAAUUGUGUAUGUUUUUGCAUAUAAUGUUUUUAUCUAUGCGUUUGUGAAUUCCCAUGGUGUGUAUGGCUUUGCAUGGUAAUUCAAUUCCUCGAGGAUGCUUAAAAACUGCAUUUGAUCCGACCGAAGCUUUUCUAAUUCUAUUGAAACUGUGCUUCUGCUUUUUUCGUUUUGUUUUUGGGUUGUUAUGGCCUUUGAGUUGGAAUGCAGGAAUGGAACAGUUAGAGGUUGUAUAAGGCAAUUUUUCGAAUUGUCGACAUAUUGGUUUGGAGGUAGGAUGGCUACCCUAUCGCUUGUAGCUGGAAACUGCGGGAGGCAAAGAGGAGCGGAAGACUUCAGUUCUCAGUUUGGUUUGCAUUCGCAUCUUGGCGAUGAAUUCCUUCCAAAUGAUUUGUCAAUAAGUCUUUUAAGAAACUUAAACAGCAUUUGGUGGAGGGAUUUGGCUGGAUCAAGGAUUAGGAGGGGCCACAAGUUUUCUGUUAUUGCAAAGGUUAGAAAGGGGAAGAAGCAUGAUUACCCAUGGCCAGAUGAUAUUGAUCCAAACACCAGCACACCCUUGACUUACCUCUCUCACUUCAAGCCGCUGACUGAGAAGCCCAAACCCGUGACACUUGCUUUUGAGAAGCCCCUGGUUGAUUUGGAGCAAAAGAUCUUUGAGGUUCGUAGAAUGGCUGAUGAAACUGGUUUGGAUUUCACUGACCAACUCAGUGCAUUGGAAAAAAAGUAUCAACAAGCUCUCAAGGAUUUGUACACACAUUUAACACCUAUUCAACGGCUGAGUAUUGCUCGACAUCCUAAUAGGCCUACUGUUCUUGAUCAUAUCUUCAAUAUCACUGAGAAGUGGGUGGAACUCCAUGGAGAUCGUGCAGGCUAUGAUGAUCCAGCCAUUGUGACUGGCAUUGGCAGCAUGGAGGGAAAAAGUUAUAUGUUCAUAGGACAUCAGAAGGGAAGGAACACAAAGGAAAAUAUUGCACGCAACUUUGCAAUGCCAACCCCUCAUGGCUACAGAAAGGCAUUGCGCAUGAUGAAAUAUGCUGACCAUCAUGGUUUGCCAAUUGUUACCUUUGUUGACACGCCGGGAGCUUUUGCUGAUCUCAAAUCUGAGGAACUUGGUCAGGGUGAAGCAAUAGCUCACAACCUGAGGACCAUGUUUGGCCUCAGAGUUCCCAUUGUAACUGUUGUAACUGGUGAAGGUGGCUCAGGUGGUGCUCUCGCUAUUGCUUGUGCCAACAAGUUGUUCAUGCUGGAAAAUUCUGCAUUUUAUGUUGCAAGUCCUGAAGCAUGUGCUGCAAUUUUGUGGAAAUCCUCCCAAGCAGCUCCUAAGGCUGCUGAAAAACUGAGGAUAACAGCUCAAGAGCAUUACAGGCUCAGAGUUGCAGAUGGUAUUAUUCCUGAACCUCUUGGUGGUGCACAUGCUGAUCCUGUGUGGACAUCAGAACAAAUUAAGCAUGCCAUCACCCAGGCAAUGGAGGAGCUGACAAAGAUGGAUAAAGAACAGCUGCUCCAUCACCGCAUGCUUAAGUUUAGGUUAAUUGGAGAUGGAGGUUUUCAAGAAGGUGUUCCAGUGGACCCUGAGCGGAAACGCGCCAUGAGGCCAUCUGAUAUUAACACAACAAAGGCAGAUGAUAUUGAGACAGAUCUUGAAAAUCUUAAGAAGGAGAUUCUAGAAGCAAAGGGAUCCCCUGGUCCAAUAACCAUCCAAACAAUCGAGAAGCUCAAGCAAGAUUUAGACCAUGAGCUGACCAAAGCAUUCAUUUCUAUGGGCUUGCAAGACAAGAUUGAAGCACUCAAGUUGGACCUAUCUAGAUUGCCUAAUGGCUCUUCAAAUCAACCCUUUAACCCGGCUUUAAAGGAGAAGGCAGACCAAAUAAUGCUAGAGUUCAAGCAAAAGUUGUCAAGGCCCAGAGCGUAUCUUGGAUUAAAGCAAAAGCUAGAUAAGCUGAACAUGGUUAGCAGGCUCAUUGAACUGAAAGAAAAAGGUGAGAAACUAAAAGCAGAGAUUAAUCAAAGAGUCCCGGAAGACAUAAAAGCCAAGAAGGAACUUAUGAUGAAGGCCCGGGAGAGUCUAUCAAAAGGGGAAGCAUUGGAUGAUAAUUUAGCAGAGGAAGUGGAAAAGGUCAGGAAAGGGCUUGAAGAUGUUCUGAAGUCAGCUAACCUGGAAAUUGUGGGAGUGAUCGAGGAUGAGUCAGGAUUUCCUGUCCUGAAAGAAACCAUGGUGGAGGUGAAUGUAGAAAUUGGCAAGGAGAUUAAGAGAGCAGUAGAUGCAACAGGUCUGAGUAGCAAGAUUGAAAUGUUGAGGGAGGAGAUAGCAAGAGGGUCGAGCUCGGAGAAGGUGAAGAAGUUGGAAGAAGAUAUAAAGGAGGGAAUAGCAGCUGCUAUGGAUAUCACAACUUUGAAGGAAAAGGUUGAGAGCUUGAAAAAGAAGUUGGAACAAUCCAACCAAGCAAUAACUGGAGACAAGGUUGGUGGUGACAGCAACAAAUAUCAAGACUAAAUUUUGAUUCACCAGAAGCAGACAUGGAAACAAAACAGACAGUAGACAACAGAUAUAACUGUUUUGCAGAGUGUUUAUUUUGCGAAUUUUCUUUGUUCUAAUUAUUGGCAUAUAAUUUGCGCGUAUUCAGUAUCUAGAUGUUAAUAGGAAAUUACAUUCUCAGAAAUGUGGCAAAAAACAUAUCCUGUGGAUAAUAGGAGCUUGCUGGUCCAAGGAGCUUGCUUGUGGAUAACAGUUAAAGAAGUUGCUGCCUUUUGUUGGGAA